UGAAAUGGUCUUACCGACUACUUUUGACCUCUUUCUCUCUUUUCCGCCGCCCCCGUCUCGGUCUCUCCUCCGCCUACCGGAGCCGGCGGCGACAAGAUGCGCGAGACCCACGCGGCCGCCGACUCAGAGGCGUCGGUGGAGGUGGCGGGACUGGGUGCUCUGCCGCUGGCGAGCCCGAUCCAGCUCCUCCCUCAGGACGUGCUCCACAACGUCCUUGGCCGCCUCUCCCUCUGCGAGGUCCUCGCCUGUCGCCCCGUCUGCCGCACCUUUCGCGAUGCCCUCUCCUCCACUCCCUUCCUCGCCUCUCUCCCCCCUCUCCGCCUCCUCGCCCUCCGCCACCCCCGCGCCGCCGCAUCGCCCCACCCUUCCCUCCACGCCCUCGACCCUUCCUUCCACCGCUGGAUCCGCCUCCCGCUGUCAUUCCUCCCCUUCCCGUCCUUUUCUCCCGUCACCGCCUCCCCCUCCCUCCUGUACCUGUGGGUCGACGCUGCCCCUUCUUCCGCCUCCGCCGUGGCCACCUUCGCCAGGAACCAUACCAAGUCUCUCGCCGUCUGCAAUCCCCUCACCGGAUUCCACCGACUGCUCCCCCCGCUCGGCUCCGCCUGGUCUCGCCACGGUACCGUCCUCGCCGGACCCGACGGCGCCGUCCUCGUCGUCACCGAGCUAGCCGCCCUCUCCUACGCCCCGAGCCCUGACCGAUGGCUCAAGUUUCCCCUCAGCCUCCCCUCCAAGCCCCGGAGCCCGAUCCUGAUGGCCGACUCCGUCUUCGCUCUCUGCGAUGUGGGCACCCCCUGGCGGAGCCAGUGGAAGCUUUUCUCCUGCCGCCUCGGCGACCUCGGCGGAGUCCGCGGCUGGGCCCCGCUCGAACAGCAGGAGUGGGGGAACGUGUUUGAUAUCUUCAAGCGGCCGCGGCUACUCGCCGGGGCAGGUGGGUGCCGGCUCCUGCUGAUCGGAGGGCUGAGGUCGUCGUUUGCGGUGGACGCACCGUGCUCGACGGUCCUGAUCCUAAGGCUGGAUCUGGCGACGAUGGAAUGGGAUGAUGCGGGGAAGAUGCCGCCGGAGAUGUACCGGUGCUUCGGAGGCGGCGCCUCCGGGCCAUCAGUGGCGGCAGCUGGUGGUAAUAAUAAGGUGAAGGUCUUUGGUGGAGAUGGGAAAGUUUGGUUCUCAGGGAAGAGAGUGAAAGGAAAACUGGCACUGUGGGAGGAGGAGGAGGUUGGAAAGAGUGGGGGUGGUCUAUGGAGUUGGGUGGAGGGUAUUCCAGGGUACCCUGAAGCCAUGUACAGAGGUUUCAUCUUCGAUGCCGGGUUCACCGCAACACCUUGAACAAGUCAAGGAACUGCUGACCAAGGCAAAUACUGAUCUAUACUCACGACUCCUUAGCGCUAGGUGGGGAUUUUGUUGGCGUCCUUGCAACUAAUAAAGGGUUGACAAACUAUUAGUUCAUCUCAGGUUGUAAUUACCACUAAUAAAGUUUAGUGUUCGCCAUCAUAUUGCCUUUUGGGUGUUGGUGUGCAAUAUGAGCCGUGAGGCUAUACUCAAUUUUGAGGCAUAAGUUAUCAUACCAAUCUUGUUCAUACAUGGUAUCUAAGUUGUCUCGACCUGGCUUGGUAAUGUAAGAAACACAUUUGCUAUGGUUUACUUUUAGAUUAAAUCGGCACAAGAUCAUGUGGGACAGAUACUGCCCCUUUUCUACACUUUAUUGUUUAUGUUGGCACUUGGCAUCAGGGAAUUGCUUAACUUGCCAAUGGUAGCUACAAGGCUAGUUACCAGACAUCAUGGAGGUGUACUGGAAAAGAUUAGACCUUGGUUUGAAGAUUUUAUAGCUGCAAUUUCAACAGCUUCAUCUGGUGGAAUUUAGGCAUAAAAAUGAUCAACUAAAUAUUUACCUUCUGUAUAAACAGUGCCAAUUUCUUUAAUCGCAAUUCAUGAGAUCAAAUGAGUCAUGGCUAAUCCUUCAGCACGGUGUAAUCAAUCUCAGUGGAUCAUGUUAUUCUCUUCUUUAAGUACAGAAAGUAUCUUGGAUUUGUUUACUGCAAAAUGCUUCUUGCAAAUUUCUCCGUGAAGUUACUUUGGUUUGCCCAAUCAUCUGUACUUAGUAGUUAGUACAGGGUUCAUAUAAACUCGAGAACAAAUCAAUCUUUUUGCCAGAGAGAAAGGAAUCCUUUCUGUAGUUCAUUUGCAUGAGUUAACUAAGUCAAAACAUGAUUGCUAAGAUGUAUGUGGUUGUCUCAUAAAUAUCUUUGAAACUGUAGUUGAGCAUGUAAUUCUUAAAAUUGUGUAAGAAAAUAAUAUUAUCUUCGGUCUUCUGGUUGCUUAUGGAUUC